GGCUGGGAAGGGGUGGGUAUACGCAUGCGCGGUUCCAGUCUACUUACCGCAGACUUGAAAAGAUGAGGUUGCUGCUGGUCUGUGUGUGUUUAGGGUUCUUGGCAGCUGCCAGCGGCGAAGAGGGUGCAAGGCUUUUGGCUUCCAAGUCCCUGCUCAAUAAAUACGCAGUGGAAGGUCGCGACCUCACGCUGCAGUACAACAUCUACAAUGUCGGCACCAGUGCUGCAUUGGACGUGGAACUCAGUGAUGACUCUUUCCCACCAGAGGACUUUGGAAUCGUAUCUGGAAUGUUGACUGUGAAAUGGGACCGGAUCGCUCCAGCCAGCAAUGUAACCCACACGGUGGUGCUUCGACCUCUGAAAGCCGGGUAUUUCAACUUCACCUCUGCGACCAUCUCCUACCUUGCCCAGGAAGGUGGGCAAGUCGUGGUGGGUUAUACGAGUGCACCGGGACAGGGCGGCAUCCUGGCUCAGAGAGAAUUCAAUCGCCGUUUCUCCCCCCAUUACUUGGACUGGGCGGCCUUUGGGGUCAUGACCCUGCCUUCCAUUGGGAUUCCCCUGUUGCUGUGGUACUCGAGCAAGAGAAAAUACGACACGGCCAAGACGAAGAAGAACUGAGCUUCAGGCACAGCAUUCAGAAGAGCGUCGUUUCCCCACUUGUUCCCUGGGGCCACAACGAUAUUAACCCACCAACCACCCAGCCUUUAGGCGUGUUCAUUAAUUUAUGAUGCAGAUCGUAAUUUAAGUUUUUUUCCCCAGCUUGUGAGCCUGACCAGUUUGAUCGUCCAAGCCUUGACCCUCUCUAUAACCUGCUGGUACUCAAUCUUGAGGGCGAUUAAGCCUCCAGUGUAUCUACCCAUGGACUCAUAGAACCAGGAUUCUAAAUCUCAACAGGGAAUGACCAUGUCACAUUCCAGUUACAGCCUCCCCUUAGGCUGGUGUCUCCCAAUUUUGUCACUAAUUGCAGAGAUACUCAGCUUUUCUGUACCCCCCUCUGAAGUCGUCUUACAUUUAGUUAGAAAUAUACAGUAGCUUGCAACUUUUUUUCCCCACUCUGCCUUCCAUUAGGAUUUGGCAUGGACUUCUUUGGUUUCCCUCUGCUGAUACGGUUCAAAAGCAACUGGGAGUCUUUUCCUGAACUAUUAACCCAGAGUUCUGUUUCCGCUCUCUAACAAUUGUGUAUUUUCGUUCACUGUUUGUCAUUUGUGGUGCUUUGCAGAGAAGGGUGAAUCUCAGCAGAAAGGUUGACCUCAUUCUGUGGCGCAGUCUCUGUUCCUGCUCUAUAACCCCACCUUCUUCGGCCUCCUAGCACAUUCCUGUCCUGAAUUCAGAGGACGGGAAAAAUCGCUGAUUCAGCCUCGCAAUCGAGCUUCUCUUUGUCGUUCAGCUGCCUUUUAGUUUGCAUUUCUCCUGGCCUUACUGUUGCGUUCUAUUUCCUUUUGAUUUCAAAUCUGAGGGGCCCUUUUCUUUGUAAAACGAGGACGUUGAAUAUUGCUGAAAUAGUCGUAGUCUUCACCGUCAGAACCAGUGCAAGAAUCUCAAAGGGACGACAAUUUAUAUUGUGUUAAUUCUCCCUUUGAAAUUUGGUAAUCUUACGGCUCAUCAGGACAGCAUUGCAAGAAUGUCAGAUUUCAAAGGGAAUAAUAAUUUAUGCUGCACUAAUGCUUCCUUGGAAAUUUGAUAUUCUUGCAGCUGUCCUGAUCUCAUCAGAACAGAAUUUCAAGAAUACCAAGUUUCAAAGAACACAAUUCAUACUGCUUGAGAAACAGGGAGCUCACUCUUUUACAUUCAGUAUAAAUUGUUGUUCCCUUUGGCAUUCUUGCAUCUGUCUUGAGUUCAAGACAAAAAGCUUGGCCAGUAUAUCACGUGACAUUGUAUCAGUACUCCCUGGAUAUGUUCCACCAACUGAUCAUUUGUUUAAAAAUAAAACAGGGCCUUCCCAAACAGUGGGAGGGUUGGAGAGCAAUAAACCACAUGGUCUCAUCCAUUGCCAGAAACUGGAGGGUAAUUUCUUGAUUGUUAAACCAUUGUGACCCCCAUUAGUGCAACACUUCUGUUGCGCUGUGCAUAUUUCUGUCCUACACGUGAGGAGAAUGGGGGGGUCUUUGUUCUUUUUUUAAUAAAAAAAGACCUGAAACUAAAA